AUCUGCUCAAAAUGGUAGGGCUCACACCAGCCCAAUGUGACGGCACAUUGGGCUGCAGCAGCGUGCAGGCGACAAAGAGAGAAGCACAGAGGGGGCCAUUCAAAAAAGCUAUCACAUAAGUCGAAAUCCAGAUAGAACAGAGGGCGAGAAGGACGCAGAGGGUGCAAGCAAUGGAGUGGAAGCUGCUUAGCUGGCUUGCGUUCUGGGCAUCGACUGACCUUUUCCGGGCCGCAACCUUAAUUGGACGUGGAAUAUUGUCACUGCCAACAUUGUUAAUUACUUACAUGGUGCUGUACAGUCUAGGUUUUCACAUUCACAAGAAUGUCUAUCUGUGGAUUAGUAUCCAUAUGCAUGUCAGAGCCCUGCUUCCAGUCCUACCUGUCUCGCACACCAUGGUCGCUACACCUAGCACUCUUUCUUUUCCUCUCAGCAGCCAAAUUUGAAAAGACAUGCGCGCGCGUAGCAGGAUCGAUAGUGAGUACUCUUUAUCGUCGAUAUGUGCGAGACUCCUUGCAGUUCUUGCUGACCUGGACGGGAUUGAUGCAGACCUUUCCGUGUCCAGCCUCCCUGGGUACUUUGCUGCUACAUUCAGAGGUCUAUCCCAGCUUGGCGGGGAAGCAGUCAUGGAAGCUUGCUGCGCUCAACGUGCUCUACUGUUGCCUGCCGUUGCUGGUUCAGUGGGUGUCUCAAGGACGUCUGCGCACGGGGAUUGAAUGGGCAGACAGGCGGUUACAACACUUCUGUAUGAAAAUCUGGAGUUACUUCACCUGGUUGCGACUGACUCUGGAGAUGUCGUGGGUUGUCCGUGCCCUGUCUGCUGGAGGCUCCAAGAGCGAGAAGGCGUGCACAUGGAUUGCACGCAGAGUGAGCGAGGAGAGGAACAAAGCUGCUGAUCACCAACUAGACAGUUACGUCCGUGCCGACAACCUCAAGAUCGCUCCAAGCUUCGAUGACAACACCGUAGACACCGAAGACCUGGAUUUCAUCUGCGCAGCGAAGACCGUCAAAGACGCUCAGAAGCGGCCGCUGAGUGCCGCACUCAUAGCGGCGUGCGUGCACAGCGAUUCGGUCAGCGGCAUUCGCAAGGAAGACGCGCUCGAGGCGUUGGCACAACUGACCUACCUGAAAAGCCUCGCUCUAGUGCCCGGGGAUCAGCUCUUUCUGGCGACUGAGCUUGUGCGCAUGUGCCGGGUCACUUUAGAGGAAGAUCAGAGCAUCGACUACGUUCACAGUCUGGAAAUAGGACUUACGGGCCUGGCGAACCUGGCGUUAAGCCACCCAGGUAUCGGCUCUUUCCUCAAGGGCGAGCGCCUCUUCUCCAUCAUCGCGGGUCUCGUGAAGCCGACCGUUUCGCUGGGGCACUCCUGCCGGCGAUACGCAGAAGAAGAAGCGCUGAACUUCAAGCCGCAUUUCAACUCGACCGAUCUCGGCUACCAGCGAUCAGAGCUCAGCACUGCGCGCAAGAAACACAGAGCUUCAAGUCUCAGUAGCAACCCAGCUAGCAACUCCUCCAGGGACGCCCCAUGCCCAGCUAUUCACGUCCGCGCUUACUACGUUCCUUGGUCGGCGUCACAGAGAUUAAGACUAGCGUGCGCUUCGUUCCGUUUGACGGGCCGCCUAUCCGACUUGUUCCACCCCGGAAAGGCCCAAUGGAAAGUGGUUGAGCAAUUCACGGAAGGGGUGUGGUACCGUUUGCUUACGGCCGCACUGCGCCUAAUUAGCGCUCUGAGCUCAGAAGCCGCCAACCAUGCGUGGUUGUUAGAGCAAGGCGCGCUGCAAGCCGUGAGGAAAAUUCUGCAGUAUUUGCCGGCAGACAGGAUGCGGAGCGGACACCUAGAGGCGGCGCUGUGCGUCUACCGGCUGUUCGAGAACCCGGCAGUGCAUGCAGCCAUCAGCAAAUCGUCAGCGUUGAAGGCGGCCGCUCACGGGAUCCUGAUCGAGCUUCGAGCCAUCGACAGCGACUUGUUUGGCAAGGGGUGGGGGACGCGGAUCGGCAGCCAGCUUUACGAAGAGCUGUGUUCCGUCGAGCAAGAGCCUCCAGCGAAAAGCGCCGGAACGGAAGAGCAGAAGAACGGAACGAGACGGCAGCGGUCAAGCAAGACGCAAGGGAAGAGCACGGUCGAUGAAGAGAAGAAGACGGAUGGCGAUUGUGCGGAAGACGAAGUCAUGCACGAAGGUGCGAAAAGCGUUCCUGCUGAAGAAGUCAGUGCCACCACGACCUUUCCGCCGGGCAGCAAAUCGGAAAAGGAAGCUCUGCAGCGGAAGGCUGACAGACGAAGGGUGAGGUGUUCGCGAGAAGGGUGCAUUGUGGAGAGGGAGUCCGGAGUGAGGCUCAUGGUGUGCGCUGGCUGCAAGCGAGCACGGUACUGCUCAAAAGAUUGCCAAAAAGCAGACUUCCACUCGCACAAGCUUGUUUGUAAAGUCAAGUAACAUAGAGAUACGAUGAAAGCAAAUGCUAAGUGCGCAAAAAUUCGUCAAGGUGGGGUAGCAUAUUCAGCUACUCAGGAUGCAGGUAACUCGGCAACAUUGCAAUCUAUUAAGGAUCUCCGGCGAUCGAGUCGCAGUACAGUACAUGUUUGAUAAACGUUAGGGAAUCUGAGCGUAGAGCCUGUUUGUACCAGAGGUAAUCAUGCAAUUAAAAGGUCAGGACCGGACAUCCCGCGGCAGCCAGGCACCUUUAUAGUAUAUAUGAAAGUUUCAGCAGGACGAUUAAACGUGGAUUCUGCAGGACACCGAUCGUCAACUAAAUGGACGUCCGAUCGCCUGAUUACAAUUGAGCACAGAGAUAGAUAGUUUGGCGCGCAUUGAUAGGAUUAGAUAUAUGCACCAUGCGAGAAACA